CAUCGGCCGUCUGCGCAACGGUCCCGGGCCGACUGGGCAACCUCCGACGGGCGGACAGCGAGCUCGCCAGCCGACAGGGACGGCCUCCGACAGAGCGUCCGACAGUCGGCCGACAUGUCGGGCUUCAGCCUGCUCCUGCUCCUGGCCGGCCUGGCCGCCGCCGCGGCCGACACGCCGUUUACUGACUGCGGGUCCAGCAGCACCAUCAACACCCUGCAGCUGACCGGCUGCAAUGAGGUGCCCUGCAUUCUGCACAGGGGAAAAGAUCUGGUGAUGGACACCGACAUCACCGCAGCUUCGAGCAUCUCCAGCUUGACGUCGGAAGUUCAAGGCAUCAUCAGCGGCAUUCCGGUGCCCUUUUACAAAGACGACAAGGCGUGCGACAGCCUGACUUCGGCAUCGUGUCCCCUGGCGAGCGGCGACACCUUCGCCUACCAGGUGUCGUUCCCCCGUGCUGAAGGAGCGGGCGGCGUCGUGGCCUGCGCCGAGAUCCCCUGCAAGAUCCAGUGA